CAUACUUAUAACAGAAUUGUGAUGAUGAUGAUGAUGAACUUUUGAAUUAGUAGACUACAUUCGACACACCGGAAGGAAAUGAUUCUGUUGCAUUGGAUCUUAGCUCGAUGGGAAAAGGCGAGGCUUGGGUUAAUGGACAAAGCAUUGGUCGUUAUUGGAUUAUGUUUCAUGAUUCCAAGGGCAAACCCUCACAAUCACUAUAUCAUGUGACUCGGUCUUUCCUUAAAGACAAAGCAAACAACACUUUGGUUUUGGUGGAGGAAGGUGGUGGGAACCCUCUUCAUAUCUCCAUCAACACUGUUUCAGCACUCACAGAUUUACAUGAUAACUUUUCUAAAUUAUCACUCCCUUCCUCCGUUUAGUAUUGUUUAUCAUAAAGAAAGA